AUGAGAUUAAUCAUAUUUAUCUUGACAAUAAGUACAGUCACAUUGAUAAGUUCAACAAAUUUGAAUAUAAGCAACAGUUGUAAUUGUUCUGAAUUGUUUAACUAAGAUUGUUUAUCUGUCUAGUCAAAUUGUGAUUGGAAUAGUUAGACGAAAUAAUGUUAAGAAAUAGAAUGUUCAAAAAUAGAAUUGUCAAAUCAUUGUGUUUAAUCUUCUAAGAGAUGCUAUUGGUUAAAUAAGUAAUGUAAUGAUUUUAUAUCUUGUGAAACAAUUCCAGGUAAAAGUUAAUAAGAAUGUAUUGAUGCAAAUAUCUAUUGUCCAGCAUCAAAUGGAAUAAAUUGUUUAGCAAUAGAAUAUUAAUAAAAAUGUGAAAAAAUAAAGGAUCCUGAAACUUGUAAUGAUUAUUAUUCUCCAGAUGGUAAGUGUAUGUGGAAUGGAAUAAAUUGUAUCAUUCUAUAAUCUUGUACACAAUUAUGGAGUAAUAAAACAAAGUCAUGUUUGUAAAGAGGUUGUUAUUUUGAUUAGCUUUCUUAUUCAUGCUUAGAUAUGAAAUGUUCUAAGCAUUAAUUAGAAUUUGAGUGUUAAUUUGGAGUUCCAACAAUUGGUCCAUAUUUAAAUAAUAUUAUUCCAUGUAAAUGGGAUAGUAUAAAUAGAGUAUGUUAAAAUGGAAAACCUGAUGAAUAUACUAUAGAUCAAUGUUAUAGUCAUACUGCAAGAACUUAUCAUUGGAGUAGUAGUAUAUUUAACAAAGGAUAAUGUAUAGCAUGUUAUGGUUAUAUAUUAUCAAUAAUAAUAAUAAUUGGAUUGUCAAUAACAAUUAUUAUAUGA